GUGUUGUAUAUGGAGAUAUUGGUACUUCUCCCUUAAUUGUGUUCGCUGCAAUCUUCUCAAAUCCACCUACGGACCCUCGUGAUGUUUAUGGUGCUUUAUCCCUGAUAAUUUGGUCAAUGACGAUCGUGGUGUUGAUAAAGUAUAUUUUCAUAGUACUCCGAGCAGAUGAUAAUGGUGAAGGUGGUACUUUUGCUUUAUAUUCUUUAUUAAGUCGUAAUGAUAGUAUAUCGGCUAGUGAAUCCCAAAAACAUCCAAACUUUAUUAAACGUAGUAUUGCUGUACAAACUAUUUUAUUCGGUGUGGUCAUCUUUGGCUCUUCUUUGGUGAUGAGUGAUGGCCUUCUAACACCUGCCAUAUCUGUAAUUUCCGCCGUUGAGGGUAUAGCCGUUCCUAUGCCAAGUUUAGCACCCGCUAUUGUUCCUCUCAGCUGCUUUAUUAUCGUUGUAUUGUUUCUAUCGCAACGAUUUGGCACAGACAAAGUUGGAAGUUUAUAUGCUCCUAGUAUUUCCUUGUGGUUUAUUGCCAUCACUUCCAUUGGCAUUUGGAACAUUUCACAAUAUCCUGAAAUUUUUAAAGCUUACAAUCCUUAUCAUGCUUUUGAUUAUUUUAUUAGAAAAAAAGAUACUGGGUUUACUGAUCUUGGUGGAAUUUUUUUGGCCAUCACUGGCGUGGAAGCAUUGUUUGCAGACUUAGGACAUUUUAAUAAAAAGGCCAUUCAAAUUUCUUUUCCAUUUUGUGUAUUUAUUCCUUUGGUUUUAGUAUAUACAGGGCAAGCUGCGCGUUUGGUUUUAGAUCCCACCAUAGUUUCCAAUACCUUUUGGUUAACUACACCAUCUCAUCCUGGUAUUUAUUGGAUAGUAUUUAUCUUAGCCGUAUCGGCUACUAUCAUUUCAUCUCAAGCCAUGAUCACCGGCACUUUUUCUUUAAUUUAUCAAUCAAUGCAAUUAGAUUGCUUUCCUAAAGUCAAAGUUAUUCACACAUCAGAAAAAGUUGAAGGUCAAAUUUAUAUUCCAGAGUCGUGUUUGGUACCUGCUUACGGUGUGGCUGUCGCAUCUGUGAUGAUUAUUACAACAAUUCUCUUAACAAUCGUGAUUCGUGUUGUUUGGCGUCUUCCUAUUAUUGUUUCAGUUAUAUUUUUUUGUAUUUUUUUCAUUGUUGAUGCUUCUUUCUUGGGUGCAAACUUAAAAAAAAUCGAAUCUGGUGGUUGGUUUACACUGUGUAUUGCUGCGUUUCUUACCAUAAUGAUGUAUAUAUGGAGAUGGGGUACUGUUCGUGUGUUACAUCAUGAACGUUCACAAUCACCUGAUCUUAGUGAAAUUUUUAAAGACAAAAAUGUUUCCACUGAUAAUAAUAUGGAAAUUUCAUUUCCCGAGAUUGCAUUAGAAAACAAUAAUGCAACUAUUUUGGGAAGUGGUAAUGAGAAUGAUUCCAUUGUUUCAAAAACCCAUUUGACACGCUCGCCGGGUAUUAGCUUAUUCUAUAGUGAUAUUGGCACAAAUAUUCCACUUUCUUUUAUACAGUUUGUAAAACACUUUUCAAUAAUACCUCAAAAUGUUAUUUUUAUCACUAUUCGAACUGUGGGGGAUCCAAAAGUCGGUGAUAAUGAUCGCUUAAAAGUGAAAAAAAUCAAAAACUACGAAGAUUGUUAUCAAGUAACUGCCAGAUAUGGUUAUUCAGAGCAAAUCUCUCAAAGAAGAGAAUUUCUUUUACAAUUAGUUGAAUCAAUUCGAAAGAUUGAUCCUAAUAACAAAAUUUUAGCAAAAGACUUUGACCCUGACAGCAGUCUCGUUACAUAUGUUGUAGGUCAACAUUAUCUUUGUUCUACACAUAAUUCACCAUGGUGGAUAAAAAUUUUAAUUAAUGUAUAUACGUUUAUAUACUUUAAUUCAAGAAAAUUUUAUAGUAAUUGGGAUAUUCCUGUUGAUAGUAUUGUUGUUGUUGGUGUAAAUAUUCCGAUUUAA